AUGAAUGAGAUCAGGAUCGCCGUGCUUGGAAGUGAAGGGGUUGGAAAAUCAGCCCUCAUCGUCCGUUUUUUCACGAAACGUUUUAUCGGAGAAUAUGCAUCAUCCUCAGAAUGCAUCUACCAAAAGCGCCUAACAAUUGAUGGACGGCAGAUGAAUCUGGAGCUCUAUGAGCCGUGCUCUCAGGUUAGAAAGGGCAAACUAAGCCUGAACGACCAGAUUCACUGGUCUGACGGUUUCAUUGUAGUCUACGAUAUUAGUGACCGAUCAUCUUUUCUCGCUGCUCGAAGUGUCGUGAAGUUCAUAAGGGAGCAUCGCUUAGGAACUGCCAAACGGGAUGCUGAAUCGCUCAUAUUCGUAGUGGGCAACAAGCACGACCUCUGCCACAUGCGAGAAGUGCACUGUGAAGAAGGUCAGCGCCUGGCGGCCGAGUUCCACUGCCAGUUUCACGAAUUGUCUGCCGCCGAGCACUACAAGGAGGUGGCGCUCAUUUUCUCCAAGGCGGUGCAGGGUACGGGCGGCGGCAAGGCCAAAGAGCGCCGGAGACGGCCCAGCGGUUCCAAAUCCGUCGCCAAACUCAUCAACAACGUUUUUGGCAAGAGGAGGAAAUCGGUGUGA